CCUCAGGGGCUCAAACGCAGCAGAAACGCGGAGGGCGGGGAACCUUCCGCAAACAAAUACUCGACGUCUGGCCAUAACUGCUGUCCACUGAAAUACGCCACCGGUCGCCGCUCGCUUUUAGGCUGUAUACUGCUGUUUGCCCACACCAGGGGGCGAGGACCUCUUCAGCAGAUGCCAAUUGCCCCUCCAGCCUCCAUCGGUGAAGCUUUCAUCCGGCCCCCACAAUCAUCUUCCAGUGGCUGGUACCUGCCUUGAGAUCGUUCCCAGCUUUGUUUUUAAAGCGUCGGCACUUUAAAUAAUCAAACCUCUUAAUAUAUAUAACCAUUUCGGGCCAUGGAAGAUGAAGAAGGUUAUAUGGCAUUAAGUCCUCGGCCAAUUAAUGAAACCUUUACGCAUUAUUCACAAGCUAAGAGGAUUCAAGGAAUUUCCAAGAGGGCAUUAGGGACAGGUUGUUUCAUUCUGGGAUUGGCUGGGAUUGUGCUGAUUGUGUUUGCUUUGAAGGAAGCCUUUCAUAAGCGUGAAACUUGUGAAGUAAUUGUCAAUGCCACUGAGGAUGAAGCAGGAAGCCUGAAAGGCCUAAACAGAACAGAAGGCAGCCCCUGUUCUGAGCAGAUUGCCAUUCACCUGUGUGAGCCAUUUACAGAGAGUGCCAGCUGUAAACUCUGUCCAAACAACUGGGUGGCACAGGAAGGAAAAUGCUACUGGUUUUCUAAAGAGAAAACACAAUGGCUUGUGGGCUACAGUGACUGUUCCCAGAAGAGGGCUCAGAUGCUUGUGGUCCAGAACUGGGGAGAAAUGGUGUUCAUACAGAACAUCAUUCAAGAGAAAUACCCUGUUUGGAUUGGACUUAAUUUUACACCCCCGCUCAAGACCUGGACCUGGGUAGAAGGCUCAACGUUAAACCAAAGCCUAUUCCCACUACCUCUCCCAGGAGCUGGAGCCAGUUGUGGAGUUGUUAAAUUCAAUCAAGUUCGCUCUGAAAUGUGCACUGCUGAAUUUAGGUGGAUUUGUGAAAAAGAAGCCAUUAUGUUUUAACAUGUGAGAACAGGCCACCAACCUGUAAUAUGCUUUUUAUUUCCCUGAGCCACGAAGGCUUCAGGAAUAUUUAUUUAUGAGCAGCAAGUGGAAGAACUUCUAUCUUGCGCUUUCAGCAGUAGGCAUAACCCAGUGUUGACUACUGGGUAAAUGACUUGACAAGGGACAUAAAUCAAAGGAAAAUGCAUUUUCUCUCUUUACCUAAUUCAAGCCAUUUCCUGUAAUCCAUGGGCUCUCAAACGGUGGUCCACAAGUUUCUUUCAGGUGGUCCACCAUGUGUAUGCAUUAAAUACUUAUAUUGAUUUUUAAUCGUAUUUUUAUUUCUUAUAUUUUUAUUUUUUUCUUACAUUGUAUUUGAUUGUAUUACAAUUUAAAUUCUAUUCAGUGUUCAAACCUGGCCAGAUUUUAAAAUCUUAAAAGGUUGCUUAAUUUUAGACAGGGGCAUGGCUGUGACUAUCAUGAAGGGGCUUCUGAAUUUGCCACUUCACUACUGGUAGAGACAAUGGGUUGUAUCUAAAAUUCUGUUCUGAGUAGACCCACUGAAAUCAAUGAACUUAGGUUAGCCAUGUCCAUUGACUUCAAUGGAUCUACUCUGAGUUGGGCUACUAUUGGAUACAAGCCCAUUACUGGACACCAUUGCUUUCUAGGAUCGCCCCUGCCUGGAGAACGCCAGCAGCUACCAGCUGAGAAACAGUUGAACCAAGCAACUGAACUAUUUUUUCUUCCCAUUCUUUAUUUUUAAUUACCAUCUUUACACGAAUAUAUUAAGU